UUACAUCUAGUAUCGUUUUAUAGUUAAUGAUCAUAAUUUCGAGGUUGGUUUUAUAUCAGCGGUUCGCGCCAUUUUUGUAUUCGACAAUAAAUUACGAGAUAUUUCGUUGAUUUUUCAACAGGAUGAAUAUUCGAAAGUGAAAUGAUUCGGUCACUGGCACCCAGUCAACGAGGGAAACGUCCUUUACUCUUGGAUAUACCACAGGAUAUUGCAGCGAUAACUUUGUCUGAAAAUUGUCCGCCAGAAUCAAAAAGAAGGACUUCCAAAAAUGUCAAAGACAUACAAAUAUCGGAACGCAAAGCUGUUCUUCUUUCCGAUGAUGACAUCCACACAAUGCAAAAAAUAGUAUCUGACCAUGAAGAAAGAGUGAGAAGACUUCUUAGCAAACCAUUUAAAAUACCAGUGCCCGGUUAUCAAUUAUCUGGACGAGUUCUUGGAUUACGUCUGUCAGGACCACGUAGACCAUUGCAUGAUCCUGAUGAUCCCAACGCAUUAAUCGUCUAUUCGCCACCAGAAUUAUCCGAGCAUGAAAGAUUGAAAGUUGAUCCAUGUAAGCUACUUGUACACGUAGUUGUAGAUCCUAUAUUGUGCAAUGUAUUAAGGCCACAUCAACGUGAAGGCGUGAAAUUUAUGUAUGAAUGUGUAACGGGUAAACGUAUAGAAGAUGCAUAUGGUUGUAUUAUGGCAGAUGAAAUGGGUCUUGGCAAAACACUGCAAUGCAUAACAUUGUUAUGGACGUUAUUGAAGCAAGGACCAGAAACUAAACCGUUAAUAGACAAAGCAAUUAUUGUUGCACCCAGCUCUUUAGUGAAGAAUUGGUACAAUGAAAUUAACAAAUGGUUAAAUAACAUGGUCAACACGCUCGCUAUUGAUGGAGGAAAGAAAGCAGAAAUUGAUUCAAAACUCCUCAGGUUCAUGAAAACUUACGGCGGCAGAUGUGUAACUCCUAUUCUUAUUAUAAGUUAUGAAACAUUUCGCUUACACUCACAUGUAUUACAUCAAGACGAAGUUGGCCUUGUAUUGUGCGAUGAGGGCCAUCGCCUAAAAAAUUCCGAAAAUCAAACAUAUCAAUCCUUAAUGGGUUUAAAGGCUAAAAGAAGAGUAUUGCUCAGCGGAACGCCUAUACAAAAUGAUCUUCUGGAAUACUUCUCCCUAGUACACUUUGUUAAUCAAGGAUUACUGGGAACUGCGCAGGUAAAUGGAAUAAAAUAUGAGACGCCCAUAUUACGUGGCCAAGACGCAGCUGCGACAGACGAGCAACGUAAACUCGCUCAGGAACGUUUGUCCGAAUUAGUAUCAGUUGUUAAUAAAUGUCUCAUUAGACGUACUAGCGCUUUACUUUCGAAAUAUCUACCACUGAAAUACGAACUCGUAGUAUGCAUAAAAAUGGGAGAGCUGCAAACUCGUCUCUACAAGAACUUCAUACAGAGUGAUAGUAUAAAAAAGUCUAUGGAAGAGAAUGAUAAUCCAAAGAAUGGAAGUCGUUUAUCCGCUCUAGCUGCCAUAACUCUUUUAAAGAAGCUGUGUAAUCAUCCCGAUUUGAUAUACGAUAAAAUAAUGGAAAAAACAGAAGGAUUUGAGAAAGCUGCACAAUUGUUGCCGCCGCAUUAUUCUACAAAGCAAUUGCUACCAGAAUUAUCAGGUAAACUGAUGGUUUUGGAUUGUUUGUUGGCGUCCAUUAAAACCACAACAAACGACAAAAUAGUACUAGUUUCUAAUUACACACAGACCCUCGAUUUAUUCGAGAAACUGUGCAGUAAACGUUCCUACAAUUACGUGAGACUCGACGGUACGAUGACUAUCAAAAAGAGAUCGAAAGUAGUCGACAAUUUUAAUAGCGACACUAGCAGCUAUUUCAUCUUCAUGCUCAGCUCAAAAGCCGGUGGAUGCGGCUUGAAUCUCAUCGGUGCGAAUCGUCUCGUCAUGUUCGAUCCGGAUUGGAAUCCCGCAAAUGACGACCAAGCGAUGGCCCGAGUUUGGAGAGACGGCCAGAAGAAGCCGUGCUUUGUCUAUCGUUUUCUUUCUACUGGGACGAUAGAAGAAAAAAUAUUUCAGAGACAAGCUCAUAAGAAAGCAUUGAGUUCCACAGUGGUUGAUCAAGAAGAUGAUGUAGCGAGGCAUUUCACUAUAAACGAUCUUCGCGAUUUAUUCAAAUUAGAAGAAAGUACUGUUUCAGAUACACACGACAAGUUCAAAUGCAAACGUUGCGUCAAUGGGAUCGAAGUGAAAGGUCCACCGGAGCAAUCCGACUGCAAUUCCGAUUUGUCCGAAUGGCGACACUCGCAUAAUCCGCGGCAUUUACCGGACAUACCGUUACGACAGUGUUGGGAUAGCGGUAUUUCAUUCGUUUUUCAUCAUCGCUCACAUGAACAUGUGAAAUAAUUAUGAUCGGAACAAUAAUUUAUUAGCAUUUUGUUUCAGAAUGUAUUUUGCAACAGUAUUUUGAUAAAUUUACAAUAUUUUUUUCAUCAGUACCAUUAAUGAAACAGUAUCAAAUAUGGUAAUUGCAGAAAAUUUCAAUUUUUUAAGAGAAGCUUAUACAAAAUUUAUUUACACAAUAGUUUUUUUUUUCAAAAAUAGGAAUAUGAGAGAGAGAGAGUGAACUUGUAUUCAAAUAUAUAUGGCAUAAAACUUUUUUGUCGGGAGGAAACAAUAUUUUUUUUUAUAUAUAUAAUUUUUUAAAAGAUUGUUGCAAAACAUUUUUGCUCCAAAAUGCAGUAAUAUAUAGUGUGAUCGAUAUAAAUGUGCCUCAUGUUUUGUACAAAUUAUUUCAUUUAAUAUGUUUAUAAAAAAAGAAGUUAAAUUACAUAUAUUUAUUAAAUAACUCUUUUUUAAUGUCUCUAGGUAUAUGUAAAUAAUAAAAUGCCUAGGAUGUUAAAAAAUUAAUGACAAAUAUUUAAUUUAUAUGAAUAUGAAAAUACUGAUACAAUUUAUUUAUUAGAUCACCAGAAUUACAAAUUCCCUGGCAAUUAAUCAUUCCUUUUAUCAGUUUAAUAAUGCUGUCUUUCAUUGCACACACAUAAGCACUUAUCUAAUCAAAGAGAAAACAGACUUAUCAGCACAUGACUCUCCUACUAAUCUUGUUAGUUACGUAAAAGGAAAAACCAUAUAGAUAAAUUUAUUUAAAUGAUAGGUUUAUUUAAAUCAUAUAUUCAAUAUGAAUAUUUAAAAAUAAUUUAAUAGCGAGUAAACGUCAUAUAUAUAUAUAUAAGCUUCGUAUAUUAUUAAAAGCUUUCCGAGAAGGCAUCACGUGCGCGCUCGAAGUUGUCAAAACGCGCACCUGUAUUUAAAGCGAACCGGACGUUUUCAACUCGGUUAGUACUCGCCGCAUCACAUCUUUCGCACAAGUUCCGCGUAGCAACAUUCCUACUAUAUCGCAGCAAAUAUUUAGGAAUCUCUUGUACAUAUGACAUGGAGAGAAAUCACGCGCGCGCGCGAGAGGGUGAGAGAAGAAAGACGUGACGAGCGGUAGAAGAAACGGUGACGCGGGACGGUGGGCGCGCGAUCACGUGACCGACUGACGGAGCGCGCGAUUGGCCGACUAGCGUCAUUUUAUCCCUCCUGAUCCGCUGCUAGCUUGUUCGCCGCCGCCAUCGAAAGGUUUCCGUGACGGAGCGUCUGGCUCAGAGGCUCAGAAUAGUUCCAGAUGUGGCCAUGUUUAGUUUGAUCUCCGAAGUUUCGCUCACCGUCAUAGACUGCUACAUUUUUAUACCUCUGCUGAAUAGUAAAUAACGCAUCAGACCGAUCGCGUACUCUUCGUCUUUGCUUGCGGCUACAAUAAUCUCAAAGUUUUUUCGCUGCAUCCAUAUGUUGUUUAUAUCGCUCUUGCUGAGAGAUCUAAAUCUCCGAACGACGCGGGGACGCGUGCGAGAAAGAGAAGCACGCGUUCGUUGUUUGUCGUUGUCGCGUUAACUUAUUGACAGAGGGAGGGUGCGUCUAUCGGGAAUAAUCCGUGAUAUCCAGAUCGUUUUACAUCUGAUUUCACGAGAAUUUCUCUUUAUUCACCCGCACGUUCAUUGAUCUCUCGGCAAGGGUCGCGCGCAUUGAAACAUCCGUCGCUCCCUAUCUCUGUCUCUCUCUGAAAGAAAAUAAACGUUCGUCGUUAAAUUCGAGGAGAGGGAAACCAUCGUCGUUGCCGAAGAAUCGUGCGGUUAAAAUCGCAAGAGUGAAAGCAUCGUUAUCAAGGGGAGGCUUUGGGGGGGAAGAGAGGGAGUGAAAGAGGACUCUCUCCGUCUCUCUUUCUCCCUCUCCGAUCGGAGAGUCGCGUUUUCUUUUUUUUUUUUCCCCCCCCCCCCCCUCUCAUUUUUCCGAAGGGGAUCUCCGGGGAGUACGCAUGCGCGAGCGCGUUCCCAUUUUCAUCGCGUCGCACUUCCGUUUCGGACACGACGAACGAGCCGCAAACGUCGCGCGCGCACACGAGGUCGCACACGCAACGACGUAACACUCAGACACACAAACGGACGGCGCGGGGGGCGGACAAACAGGCAGAUAGGGUGGGUAGGUAAAAAGAUAAUCACUAAACGGGAGAGAGAGCGAGAGAAAGAGACGCCCACGACGAGCGUUCGUCGCCUGGGUCAGCCAUAUGCCACGUCAGCCAGAAUGACGUCGUUCUCGCGACGGCGAGAAAAGGAGGAUCGCGCGAUUUGACCGAAUUCCAUUCUGCUUGUUGCGGGCUUUUUGGAAAAGAGAGAUCGCGAGAUCGCUCGCGCAAGGGAGAGAUCUCGCACUAUAGUGAAAAUUUGUAUAUCCGUUGCCCUCUCGGCGAGGGAGAGAGAGAGAGAGA